UUCAUUUCAUCUUCCGCACUUUCGCUGCGUUUCGUUUUUGCGAGGUCGAGAGAGGGAGAGAGCUGAGGAGUAACCCAAGCACCAAUGGCGGCGACUGCGAGGUCCGCUCUGCUCAAGUACCUGCGAGUCCCAGUCAAGCCUUCUCUCCCCUCCAACCCCCUCCCUUUCACUCUCCUCCUCCGCCGGUUCUCCGAGGAGGUCCGGGGCUCCUUCCUCGACAAGUCCGAGGUCACCGAUCGCGUCGUCUCCGUCGUCAAGAACUUCCAGAAAGUCGAACCCUCCAAGGUUACACCAAAUGCACAUUUCCAGAAUGAUCUUGGAUUAGACAGUUUGGACACCGUGGAGAUAGUUAUGGCUCUUGAGGAGGAGUUUGGAUUCGAGAUUCCGGAUAAUGAAGCAGACAAGAUAAGCUCUAUAGAUCUUGCUGUCGAUUUCAUUGCUUCUCAUCCGCAGGCGAAAUAGGAGAAGCAUCGAAAGCCCAUGUUCUUUCCUUUUCUGUUGAAAGAUCGGCGUUGUCAUUGAGUUCUCAUAAGUGGCACAUUGGCACAUUUUAAAUUUUUUUUCUUUUCUUAGCGUACUUCCCUCCAAUGGUUGUCUUUCUAUUUUUGUACCAAACUACUGUGGCUACUUUGGAGUUUGGCGGUAGCUGGCUGUUACAGGCUGACACUAUUUUGAAGUGUAUCCAGAAUGAGUUUUUGGUUGCAUUGAAGUGGUGUUUCUCAUUUUGAUAA